GAACCAUCUCCCUCCGAAUACUAUUGUCCAAGGCUCUCAUUGUACAUAGACCGCGUUCUCUUACGUUCUCAGAGCGGCGGCCUCAACAUCGAUGAGCGCGACCGUUGUGCUUGGCGCCCAAUGGGGCGACGAGGGCAAGGGCAAGCUCGUCGACAUCCUGUCCGCGGAGAUCGAUGUCUGCGCCCGAUGUGCGGGCGGCAAUAAUGCUGGUCACACCAUCGUCGUGCCCAUCGGGCCAGAGAAGAAGCCCACGACGUUCGCCUUCCACCUCCUGCCCAGCGGUCUGGUGAACCCAGGCUGUACCGGCCUCAUCGGGAACGGUGUGGUUGUGCAUCUGCCUUCGUUCUUUGCGGAGCUCGACGCGCUGCAAGCACAGGGUCUUGACUGCACGGGCAGACUCUUCGUGUCCGAUCGUGCCCAACUCGUCUUCGACUUCCACCAGAUCGUCGACGGAUUGAAGGAAGUUGAACUCGGAGGAUCGAGCAUCGGUACCACCAAGAAGGGCAUCGGCCCAGCCUACUCUGGCAAGGCCUCCCGCUCCGGCUUGCGCGUCCACCACCUUUUCGACCACGACACCUUCGCCGCCAAGUUCCGCCGCCUCGUCGAAGGCCGCUUCAAGCGCUACGGCCACUUCGAGUACGACACCGAGGGCGAAAUCGAGCGCUACAAGCAGCUCGCGGAGCGCCUCCGGCCACACGUCAUCGACAGCGUCGCGUACAUCCACAAGGCCAUCUCGAGCGGGAAGCAUGUGCUGGUCGAGGGCGCGAACGCGUUAAUGCUGGAUAUCGACUUUGGCACGUACCCGUUCGUGACGUCGAGCUCGACGACUAUUGGCGGGGUGUGCACUGGACUGGGAAUUCCGCCGAAGUUGAUUGGGAAGACGAUCGGUGUGGUCAAGGCAUACACGACGCGCGUCGGUGGCGGACCAUUCCCGACUGAGCAGCUCAACGACGUCGGCGUUCAUCUGCAGGAAGUCGGCCGCGAGUACGGCACCACGACUGGCCGCCGUAGACGGUGCGGCUGGCUCGACCUCGUCGUCAUGAAGCACUCCUCCCUCAUCAACGGCUACGACUCGCUCAACCUCACCAAGCUCGACGUCCUCGACGACCUCACCGAGAUCAAGAUUGCGACCAAGUACCUUCACGAGGGCAAGGCAUUGGAAGGCUUUCCUGCCGACCUUGAGCUCCUCGCCAAGGUCGAUGUCGAGUACGUCACCCUCCCCGGCUGGCAGACCAGCAUUUCCUCCCUCACCUCCUACGACGCGCUCCCCGAGAACUGCAAGAAGUACAUCGCGUUCAUUGAGGAGUUCCUCGGCACGCCGAUCGAGUGGAUUGGCGUUGGCCCGGGUCGGGAGAGCAUGUUGCACAAGGAGGUCGCGAGGAAGUGAAUAACGAUGAACGAGAGGAUGGCAGAGCACAGGAGAGCCUGAAGAGGCAGAAAACGGAGGUGGAUGCGCGAGCAUCAAACUUGAACCAUUGCGAAGGCAGUAUUCUUGACAUGACCGAGGGCAAUUAUUGGAUCAGGGAUACCCCUUCAACUGUUCUUCCCCGCGAUUUCUACACUAACACUGUAACGACAUGUAGAGUCAUCGAGGAACCUCUAUUCCGCGCGGCGUUGUGCCAUGUUGCGGGUGAUAUAUAGCAGCCCAUCUGACCGACCUAUGUAACGAAGUACGCGUAGCCAUUGUGGCCCGACAAUGCGAGCUUAGGUACAGAACGAUCGUGUUCCCUGAAGUAGGCGACGAGUUAAAUGAUACUCAG